AAAAAUCAUAAGCAUCAGCAACAGUACCCAUAACAAAAGCUGAAAAGAAGAAAACAAGAUCCACCUCGAACCUCUCUCCACUUCCUCCGCCCUCCAUCGUCGCCGCCGCCGUCAACCUCCGGAAUCCUACCUCCUAACCUUCCUCUCCCUCCCUUUCUCCUCCUUCCCAUAUCAAUUCUGCAGAAAGGGAGAAAAGUAGCUUCCUUUCUGCAGGAAUUGUUUCUUUCUUUUUCAGUGUUAGUUCUUCAUCCUGAGGCUGAUUGAUUGCUAUAUUUAUUGCCCACAUCCUCAAAUCUCGAACUUGGGUUGAAUUCUUUCCGAUAUAGGAGAAGUAUUGAAUUGGGUUUGUUCUGAAUUUGGGAAAUAAUGAGAGACGAUGAAUCUAAUUGGUUCUCGAAGUGGGAGGAAGAGCUUCCAUCGCCGGAUGAGCUCAUGCCCCUCUCUCAAACCCUAAUCACUCCUGAUCUUGCUCUUGCUUUCGAUAUCCGGAACCCAAGUAACAAUUCUGCCUCCUACCCACACCAGCAGCAGCAAACCCCACCUCCGCCUCCUCCCUCAGCUGCACAGCCUCUGUCUUCCAAUCCGUUGGUGACUUCGCAACCCAGCUCUGCGGAAUUCGCUGCGGAUUCCGGUGAGUUAGGCUCCGGGGCUGCUGGGGAUGAGCCUGCUCGCACACUCAAGCGACCCCGGCUGGUGUGGACACCGCAACUACACAAGAGGUUUGUGGACGCUGUGGCGCAUUUGGGGAUCAAGAACGCGGUGCCUAAGACUAUAAUGCAGUUGAUGAGUGUGGAUGGUUUGACUAGAGAGAACGUAGCUAGUCAUUUGCAGAAGUAUCGCCUUUAUUUGAAAAGAAUGCAGGGGUUGUCCAAUGGUGGGGGUGGUGUUGGCAACGGUGGAGGCAGCGGCGCUGGAUUGGCAGCCAGCAGUGAUCCAGCCACGGAUCAUUUGUUUGCUAGUUCUCCGGUUCCACCACAUUUUCUGCAUCCGGGUAGACCAAAUUCGGACCAUUUUUUACCGUUUGUGCCAAUGGCAGCAUUGCAGCAGCAGCAACAGAUGGCAGCCGUAGCUGCUGCAGCUGGGCCUCCACAUUUUCAGCCUCAGUAUCACAGGCCAAUGGGGCAUUUUGGGUCACCACCAAAUGGGCAGUUUGAGCAUCCGUUUUUGCCGAGGCAGACGCAGAAUCAACAACCGGUGCAUAGGAUGGGGGCACCAGUGCACAAUCAGGUUCCUAGUUAUGUGGAGGAUUUGGAAUCUGCCAAUGGGACUGGAGGGAGGAAGGUUCUCACCCUGUUUCCCACCGGCGAUGACUGAAUUUGGGUAAUAAUUGACGCCAUUGAUUACUGAACUUAUUUUCAAGCUUUCUUUUGAUUAGGCAUCUGGGUCCUUGUGAAUUGGUGUUUUCUGGUGCUUUGGUUAUUGUUUCGUGGAGUGUCUGGUUUACCCUCUAUAGAUUUUGCUAGCCAUAACUGUGUUUUGGUGAUUGCUAUUCAGAGUCAAUUGCAAUCUGAAUUCAUCUCAAGAACCGAGAGCACCUGUGGUAGAGUUGGUUGGAACCGUAGCUGCUUGUGUCUUUGACUACAUGUCAUUAGAAUUGGUAGAAUUCUGGUGUCAUUCUUCUUCUGCAGACUACGACACAUGUAACUAGGCUUCCAGUAGUGGUCUGGUCUCUAUGUUCCCCGUCAGUUUUGGGUGACAGAUAUUGAUCAGAAUAUCCCUCAAGAGGGAAAAUAAGCUCCUAGGCAUCUCAAGUGCAGCAAUUACUUUGGCCUGAUGUUGGGCCAUUUUGCACUGUUUAUAGGUUGCACCAACCCAUGGUAUUUUGGGAAUCGGCUCAGUUUACUUAAAAUGCAGAGUCUUCUUGCCAGGGAGGUCGUCUUUUUUCAGAUUGGUUGGCUGAACUUGCAGGUGGGGACAAAUAAGGCUCGCAAGUAACAGUUGUUGUUAUGUUCUCUAGAUCUAGAAUUCUCUCUUCAGAGUAUUUUGUUACUACGUUUGGCCUUGAGGUUCCAGCAGUAUCUAAUCUGUCCCACGUUAAUCCCUUCUGUUCUUUAUUUCAUGCUAUGUAGAGGUAAGUUGUGUACUUGUUGUACAUUGUGUGACUUGAUAGAAGAGUUUUAACCCAUGAUAUAAGGGGGAUCUUUCAAAAAACUCUAAUGUUCCUAGGUAGAAUUGCAGUAUUAUUCUAAUGAACGGUGAACAGUAGCUGAAUUUUCUGAAAUUUCUUAGUUCCUUGAACUGUUUUUAUGGCGUUGUUAAAUGAAAUGUAUUCUCCAUUGCAUACCCUGCUGUAGC